AAUGAAUAUAUCAUUUUCAAUGAUUGGUAAUUUUACAGUUAUACUAAAAUAACACGCAUCUAUGGCUGCCAAUCCUGACUUGGCCAAAUUAGGACUCCCACACGAGAGGAGCUUCACAUGUUUGCCUAUAAAUAUAUAGAAAACUGUCUACGUAGUAUAUAUUUUUAUACACAUUACAUACACAGCUAAAUAGUUAUAGUUGAUAUAUAUAUAAUACUCUUUACAUAAUAUAUAAUAUAUAAUAUAUGGAGUGUGACAAGAGUUUUUCAGAUAGCUAUAUGUUACUGAAUUCAAAGGAAGUGGGUUUGUUUGAUUUAAUAUAUAUUAUAUAUUCGAGUAAAGUGGUGAAGAAGAAGUUAUUGGUUGACUCGUCUUAUAAAGACGAAGAAAAUUUAUGCCGGCGUUGGAUUAUUUUUGUAUCAAUUGGAGCUCAGAAGGUUUUGCAUGCUCUUUCCGUACCCAUGGCCAUGUUUGGCUCUGCCAUUGAAAUGGGUUUGAAUAUCUUGUCAACUAACGGCAACUUCUUUAAUCUCGUUCUUAAUUUUAUUCGAGGAAAGGUAGUUAUUCCAGAGAGAGGAUCAGCAAGUUUCAAGUCGGUGAUCGCAAAUCUUGAGUGGCGAGUGAGGCUUGACCCUUCCAUCAAACAUGGAGAUCCACGCUAUAAUGCAGCUCUCUCUAUCAUGGCUUCCAAGAUCUCCUACGAGAAUCAACCCUUCAUCCAAAACGUUCUUACUCACAAUUGGAAGAUGGAAUUCCUGGGAUUUUACGACUGUUGGAACGAUUAUCAAAACAAAGCCACAACACAAGCCUUUAUUAUGAGAGACAAAGGUGAAGACCACGAUACCAUUGUGGUGGCCUUUAGAGGAACCAAACCAUUCGACGCCGACGCAUGGAGCUCUGACAUAGACAUAUCAUGGUACGAGAUUAAAGGAGUAGGAAAAAUCCACGGUGGCUUCAUGAAAGCUCUAGGGUUACAAAAGAGUAAAGGUUUUCCUAAAGAGGUUGGUUUUGAAAAGAACAAACCCUUUGCUUACUACGAAAUUAGAAAUAAGGUAAAAAAGCUUUUGGAAGAAAACGACAAAGCCAAGUUGAUUGUAACCGGACACAGCUUGGGUGGGGCCCUAGCUGCUGUGUUCACUGCUAUUCUUUCUUAUCAUGAUGAGAAAUGGUUACUCCAGAGACUUGAAGGAGUGUACACCUUUGGUCAACCUAGGGUUGGAGACCAAACCUUUUGUCAGUUUAUGGAAGAUAAAUUGGUGGAACAUGAUAUUCAUUACUUUAGAUUCGUUUAUGGUUACGAUUUGGUCCCAAGGCUUCCUUAUGAUGAUGAUUCAUUAAUGUUUAAACAUUUUGGCACGUGCGUUUAUAGUAACAUGCAUUACCUAGCAAAGAUUGUAGAUGAGGAACCAAACAAAAAUUAUUUUUCACCAGUGAAGGUGAUACCAAUGAUGGUGAAUGCAUUAGGAGAAUUGGUGAGAAGCUUCACUCUACCAUUAUGGAAGGGUAAUGAAUAUAAAGAAGGGAGUUUGAUGAGAUUUAUGAGGAUAGUAGGUCUGCUUAUUCCAGGAAUACCAGCUCAUUGUCCUCAAGAUUAUGUCAAUGCAACACGCCUCAUCACCUCCCCUCCUCACUUUCUCCUUCCACCCAAGGAUAAAUCUCAGUAGUUUAUUGUAAGUACAUGUGGGCUCUAAAAGGGUUCCAUAUAUAAUAUACUUAAUAUAAUAUUUGGCAUACAUAUCAUAUUAUGUUGGGUUGUCGUAUUAUGUAAGAUAUUAUUACUUUUAUAAUUCAGAAAUAUAUAUGCCAAAAUAUUUGCAUGAA